AUGGGCAGAUCGAGAAGCAGGAGUAGGUCGUCAAGUCGCCAUGGACAUCGAUCAAAGCGCAAAAAGAAUCAUUCGAAAUCGCGUUCAAAAUCAAAAGAAAGAUCGUCAAGACAAGGCCGGAGUAGUCGAAUGAGAUCGCGGUCUAGGGAUAGAAAGCGACCAACAGCAAGGAGGCGAUCAUUUUCCUCAAGCAGUUCAGACAGCGAUGAUGAUCUUAUUUUGCGUGCGAAAAAGAGAGAGGAGGAAGAGAAGAAAGCAGAGAUAGAACGACAGCGUCUUCUGAAGCAGAAGGAGCUUGAAGAAAAGCUGAUAGAAGAGGAGGUUGCCAGGCGGGUGGAAGCCUUGGUCAAGCAGCGGGUGGAAGAGGAGCUAGAAAAGCGGAGGGAUGAGAUCGAAGCCGAGGUCCUGCGGCGAGUGGAAGAGGCCAAGAGGAUCAUGGAGAAACAGAUGUUGGAGGAGUUAGAAAAGCAGCGAGAAGCUGAGCUAGAGGCACAGCGGUUGAAGGAGGAAGAGGAGCGCAAGAAGCGUGAGGAGUUGGAGCAAAUCAUGGUAGAAAACAACAAAAAGAUUGAAGAGGCUCAACGCAAACUGGCGGAAGAGCAACUGAAGCUGGUGGAGGAGCAACGGAAGAUCCUUGAGGAGAAGCAACGGAUGGAAGAAGAGGAAAAAAGACGCUCCAAGAAAGCCCAGGAGAUUAUUUUGAACAAGAAGAAUGCUCGGCCAUCGAUUUCCUUUUCACUUGGUUCUAAAUAG